CUGAUGUCAUUUUAAGGAAUUUGCAGACGGAGGUGGACCGGUUUUGUGAGGCUGGGACGCUUUAUAUAAGGAAGACUGGCGGUGUAUUCGCUUACUGUUUUAGGCAACAACGGUCACUUAAAAAAAAAAAAAUCUCCAACCAAUUCACCCCCCCCUGACAACUUUGGCUUGUCAACAAUCAGAACAUCCUCUAAGACUACUCAGGUGCCGGUCCAUAAUUUUUUAAAGAAACAUAAAGCCUCCCAAGAUGAUGCAAAUUAACAGAGAGGGCAUUAACCCCAAGCACUCCCUCCUCAAUGUCAUGAACAAGUUCAUCGCCGCCACCAACAACAUGGACGAGACCGUCAUGGUUCCCAGCCUCUUGCGGGACGUGCCUCUGGAGGAAGAAAAGGAAGGCCCCAGACUCGACAACAUCAUCUGUCCCAGCAAGCAGGGUGACAUGUACCAGCACUACCUGCUGCUGAAAUCCAUCAAGAGAGACAUGGAGUGGGGGCUGUUCCGGAGAGAGAUGAAUGGGGGAGCCGGCUUCCUGGAGAUGGCUGCCCAAAGCGGGGAAGAGAACUCUGAAGAUGGAAGUGACCUGGAGCAGCAGUUCCAUUACCACCUGCGGGGGAUCUUCGGCGUGCUCUCCAAACUGACUGUCCUGGCCAAUCAGUGUACUAACCGCUACAAGCGCGAGAUCGGAGGCGGAGGCUGCAUGGUUUAGCGGGAGAGGAGGCUGGCGCUCUCUCUCUAAAGGACUUUGCUUCUUUGCACGAGUGGUGAGGGUGAUGGCGCACUGACAAACGAACGGAUUGCUUUCCAAGGGUGGUGGUCGAUGUGGUGUGAAGGGAAGCGUGUCUCUGUUCAGCCAAGCUCCAAUAAGCCCCAUAAACUGCACUCCUACCCUCUAAUACACUCCCGGUUUGAAACCACACCGGAGCAUCUCUGGACCUGCAGGAUGUUAUUUUGCAUACCCGUAUAAAAUAUACUGUAUACUACCCACAAUCUUAAAUGCUGAUGGUACUCUGGUAUAUUUUCAAAUGGGCAGCUUGAACUAGUACAAUUGUUUUGUUAAAUUUUAUCAAAUUAAUAAAUACCCCCAGAAAACAAUUCCAUAUUAUUGGCUAUUCAUGUUUUAUAUGUAAUGUAACUUUUUUUCUUUUAAAUAAAGAUUUGAUCUAUUUUAA